AUGUUUAGUCCCUUUUUUAAGUUGUUCAUUUUUUUCCUUGUCAAUAUUAUCAAUGUUCAAUCGCAACAUAACUAUUUUCGUUGUCCAUAUCGAUAUGAAUCGGUGGAAGAGUCUUUCAGGGAAAAUAAAAUAAUCAGAGACUUGGAUUUGGACGAGACUCAAAUAUAUGAUAACAUUCAGUUCAUUCCUCUUAAAUACCCGAAUUCUGACAAAGUGACAUGUGGAGCGUAUUUAACGAAAAAGGCUACAAUGAAGGAACCACAAGUUACUUUCGACCCGGCAGGUAAAAAGAAAGGUGCUGAUAAAAAAUUGUUCACUUUUAUGAUGGUCGAUCCUGAUGCUCCAACUCCGAGAAAUGCCACGUCCAGGUCGAUACUCCAUUGGUUGGUCGUUAACAUCAAGGGAAACAAUAUGAAAACAGGCACUACUUUGGCCAAAUAUUUACCACCCGCACCGACACCGAAUAAAGGAGCUCAUCGAUAUGUGUUUUUGAUUUAUCGUCAACCGAAGGAAGUGGCCUCGAGAAAAACCUAUGUAACAUUGCAAGAACGAUCAAACUUCCAAGUCACUUCCUUUGCUAUACAAAACAGACUCUCGGGACCACUCGCAGGUAAUUUCUUUAACGAAGCCGUGCAAAACUGA